AUGGCAUUGCAAGCAUACACAGUUAGUCUCGACCAAACACUACGGGAGCUUCAGCAACAAGUCCGCCAGCACGAAGAAGAGCUAGAAAGGCUUCGUUCAAAUGAACUACGACUUCCAGAGUCAGUGGCGGGACAGACGCAGGUCAUCCAAGCAGCGCUCAAAGAAGUGACAGAGUCGGAUCCCUUUUUACCAUCACCAGGAUCUUUGUUACCAGCGCUGCUAGCUCUGCGUAGAACCCACCAAACAAUUCAAGAGUCGAAUACCUACCUCGAUUCUCAGCGCUCAACGCAUGAGCAGCUGUCGCGCCAACUUGAAGCCGAUGAGGCGCGUCUCAAAGACCAAAAACUUCUUAGUGAUGCACUGACCGCGCGAAUACAAUCACUACGUGACGAAGUGGAUGCAAGCACCAAUGUCACUCCAGAAGAGGGCGCCAAGGAACGACUACAAGAGCUCAGAACGAAAAAGAAAACCUUUGAUAGAGAUACUACCAAGCUCAUGAAAGUCCUGCUUCGGUUUAUUGCCAAUCAUCUGGCACCUAUGCUGGCAGCGGAAGAGCUGGGUGGGCCCGUUGUUGGUGAUCUUAUGGAUGUCGAUGGAGAAGCUUUAGCUGCUGGGUUUAAUGCUCAAGGAAAGCUCAAAAAGCCAAAAGAGACCGUGGACAAAGACGACAAGAGGCAGCGCAGGAUUGAUGAGAUCUGGGGUCAAGCACCUGCAGAGGGGUCUGGACGCCAAAACGAGGUCACGGCUGCAGCAGCAGAAAUGAGGCAGCUCACAGAGGAGCUUCUGAACACGCUUUCUGAAGCUCAGGGUGAUAACUCAGCAUCCUACGUGCAACUGUCGCGCGAAUCCGCAGCUGCGCGAUUCUUGGUGAGAUCCAAGAUUGCUCAGUUUCACCCAAGAGAUGCGAUGAGGCUCAGGUUGGUUGAUUUUGGACGGGAUCUCGAAACUUGA